AUGUUUGAUGUUCGUCGCUUAUUAGAGUUGUAUCAAAGAGGUCGUUGGAUCAGAGCAAGGUAUGUAUCAAUAAGAAUGAGGGGAGGAAAAUAUAACUAUAUAUAG